AUGCAUAAAACUAGAUCCUGCGGAUGCAAAGGUUCAAGAUCUUGUUAUACGUGCGAAAACGAAUUCAAUAUAAUCAAAACAAACAACUUGAAUAUCCAAAAUGGCAAAUACAUCUACUGUUACAAGUGCAAUAAAGCUUGGCCGGGCUGGAAUGUGGAGGAUAAUCCACACGAGAAUCACGAAGGAGAACCGAUAGAAUACCCAGGAAUCUACAUAGACCCCGAUUUUUUAACAGAGGAAGAAGAACAGGGGCUAAUCGAAGCGCUCGAUUCGAUGCCCUGGGAUCUCUCUCAAAGCGGCAGAAGGAAGCAGAAUUUCGGCCCGAAAUGCAAUUUCAAAAAACGAAAGAUCAGUUUAGGCAACUUUAACGGUUUUCCGAUCAAUACAAAGUUCGUACAGGAUAAAUUCCGAUCGAUCGACAUGCUAAACGAUUAUGAAGUUAUCGAGCAAUGUUCUUUAGAGUACGCUCCGGAAAAAGGGGCCCACAUCGAUCCUCACAUCGACGACUGCUGGAUAUGGGGAGAAAGAAUAAUCACUGUGAAUUUACUUGCCGAUUCCGUACUUACCAUGACUUACAACGACAAGCCUAACAGAUACAAUUUGGACUGCGUAAAGAGUUAUCCUUCUGUACUAACUGAAAGGGGAAAAAUUAGCACAGAUAACAGCAAUUACCAUGUUAAGUGGUUGCAAGAAGGUGAAAUAUAUCCUAUUGUGAGGAUACCAAUGCCUAAAAGAUCCCUGCUGGUGAUAUACGGAGCUGCUAGAAAAGAAACGUAUCACAGUAGAUCCGCAACAAUAUCAAAUGAUUCUAAAAUCAAUGUAAAGAAAUGUGAUAUCCUUAAAUGUAAAUUUAAAACGUGCUAA